GAUACACCAUACUUCAAUUCAUAUACGUAGUAGUAGUAUUAUUAAUCAUCGAAGAUGGCGGCAAAACAAACAUCCUUUAUGGUCAUUCUCGUCGGCUACUCGUUGACUGCACUGGCACUUCUGGCCGGAGCAGCCGCCGGCAGAGGAUCUCCGCCGUACGCCCAAGACUGCAUGCGCCAAAAAGAAGAGCCGAAGCUACUGGCGCAGGACGCCAUAGCGCUGGGGAUCCAAGAAGUCAAAGCGGUCAAGGGUUUCGUCGGCAAGCUGGUCAACCUCAAAAGCCUCCAGUUCCCGGAGAACGCCGUGGGCCUCAGCACCUGCGCCGACGGCGUCGCUGAAAACCUGAGCGAGUUGAGCAGCCGCCUUAAUCGGCUCCGCCGGGCGCCGUUGACCGUUUCGUACUCUUGGCCGCCGUUGAAGUUCGCGCUCGGUAGAGCCGUGGCUUCGGCUGACGCGUGCCGAACCGCUAUUGGGCACGUGGAUGCGGCUUUCGUGGACAUGCUGAUGAGGAAGCUGAAUGACCUGUCGUUGAUUCUUGACGACGUCGUACACCGUGUCUCUAAGUUAGAUGAUGCGACUCAGAAUUAAAAGUAAGAAAAAGGGUUUCACAAUUAUAUACUCACUUAUGUAUUACAAAUGUAAUGAUGAUUGAUGAAUAAGGAUAUGUGUUUGUCUAGUACUCACUCUAAAGUGGAUGAAAUAAGCUAGACUGAAAUGUCAAACAAGAGUAUGAAAUGGGCUAAGAAAUUAAAUAUUGAGACUAUCUAGCUCCCAUUACUUGAAGUGCUAUGUUCACAAAGUCAUUUCAGUUCAAAAUGGGCUCAAAUCUCUAAAAUUCGGUCUAUUAUUCAACAAACAUUUAUGUUUG